AUGAAGAAACUACUCCUAUUCUCAACCCUGUACCUUCUGAGAGAAUUUUCCGCUUACGCAGAUGAGCACAUUUGCGAUUUUACAAAAGAAAAAUAUUUACUUGGAAAGAAUGAAAAAGAAUAUUGUAUCAUAAAUGCCAAACCUUUCGAUAGUGUAACAUUUAUGUGUCCCAACAAAAUCGGAGCGGAAUGUUUCCAAAAUGUAAACACAUUAGAUGACACAAAACCAGAAAAUAUGGAAGCAUCAAAACUUUCCAUUGAUGAAUUGUUGUACGGGUCUACCUUAUAUGGGGACACCCUUCUAAUAUCUCCAACAGUAAAACAGACAACUACCUUCUACUGUUUUUGUAAUUUAGAAAUGGAGGAUGUGGAGAAUUAUUUGAAAAAGAGAAGAUUAACGAAAGAAAAAGAAAAAGCUAAAAGAAAGACAAGUAUCAACAUUGAUAAUGUAAAUGAAGAUGAAGAAGUCUUAGUAUCGCAAGAAAAAAGGGAAGACGAACAUUUAAUUAGGGCAUUAUAUAGAGCUAAAAAAAUCAAAGGUAUAAUAGAACGUGAAAAGAACAGAGUGGAAGCUGAGAAAAAAAAUGGUACAGUAGAAGAUGAAGUAAGAAUAUACGAUGAAGAGGAAGAAGAAAAAGAAGUAGAUGAAACAAAAAUUGAAAAAAUUAUUACAAAAUAUGGUAUAAUGAAAGUUACUGUAUCUACUAAUAAUAGCAUAACAAAAGGUUGUGAUUUUGGUAAUAACGUAAAAAAUUAUUUUUCCAAACCUUAUCCUGUAGAAAGAUAUGGAGGUAGCAAGGUAUGUAGAAUUGAAGCAAAACCAGGUGAAUUCGUUGGUUUCAAAUGUAUUUUUGAUAACAAAGGAACUGUUGAACCUCAAAACUGUUUUGACAAAGUCAUUUAUGAAAAUAAAGAAAUAGAUUUGCAAACUCUCAUGCCAGGAUAUAUAUCAUAUGGAAAUAAACGUCAAGGAAAAUAUGCUUUUUAUUUAAAACUUCCUCAUUUUAUACAGCACAGUUACACUAUUCGGUGCAAGUGCAGAUCUACCGUGUCUCAAUAUGACAACUAUAUUUUCGAAUUGGCAGUAGAAGGAGGAGAAAGUGAAGUUGUUGCAAAGUCUUUUCAAGAAUAG